AUGGAAAGAAGAGUGAAUGCACUACACAAUGAUGACUAUGAAGAGGUCAACCAAAAAGGAUACGGAAGUGAUCAGAGUUUUGAUCCUGAUGAAGAUAAAACAACUUCCAACAAGCAAGAAGAAGAAGAACAAUUAAUUACCAACAAUCCAUCAUCAUCCACCACAGAUAAUAAGAACACAACUGUUGUUGUUGCUGAAGAAUCUGCAACGAACGGAAAGCCAAAGAGACAAAGAAAAAAGAAGAAUCCUGCUAAGAAGACUUCUAAUAAUCAACAACAAUCAACAAACAAUGAAGAUGAAGAUGACAUUCAAUAUGUAGAAGUGGAGGAGAAUGCAGUUGAAGUUAUCAGUACAACGGAAGGAACACAAGUCAAAAAGAAGAAGAAAAAGAAGAAGCCAACUCCUCCAACAACUAGUAGCGACAAUAACACAUCAGCAGAUAAUUCUUCAUCCAAUACUAAUCCUAAACCAGUAACAACAACAGGUAACCAACAAAGUACUGCUGAUAAGAAGAAGAAUAAUGGAAAGAAUCAACAACAACGUGUCUUGUUUGUGAAAGUUAACAACAACAAUAAUCAACAAGCUACUCCAAGUGAACAACAAUCAAGUAGUGCCAAUGUUAAUGAUGCAACCAGUACUUCCAAAGAGGAAUCUAGAAAGCCAAAGACCACUUCUCAAUCAGCAGCCACUACAGGCAAAAAGGUAAAGAAAGAUGCUCCUAAACAACCACCACAACAAAAGGCACCAGUUUCCACUGGACCUAAGAGAUACUCUCAACAAGAUUAUUCUACUGGAAGCCAAUCACCAACUCUUUACAAUAAUUACAAUCCUUAUCGUAAUAAUAGUGGAAAGAAAUCUUUCAAUACACCAUCAGGAAAUACUGAAAGAAUUAACAGCUUUAAAUUAGAUGCUAAUGCUAAGUCCUUUGUUCCUCCACCUUCCUUUACUCCAAUUAUUAUUGAAUCUCCAAAACAAGAGAAUCAAACCUAA